UAUGGUAGCUUUUAUUCUCAUCUUACACGAGGAAAGUGGGGCGCAGAGGUAAUGUGCCCCAAGUCGUGCAGUGAGUAAGUGGCACAGGCAGGAUCUGACCCCAGGGCCUGGGUACCCUUCUCCACCACCUAUGCUCCUCUCUGCUUGGGCCCAGUAUAAAAUGAAAAUGCAGGGCCCCUGGCUCAAAUAUUAAAAAUCGCAGUCAGCAUCAGCAGAGCAUUCAGCCAAGAACUGGGCCUUGUAAGUGUGGGGCCCGUGUGACUGCAUGGGUCACAAGCUGCCCAUAAAAUGGCCCCUGUUCCUUGGUUAUCCCGAAGGCUCCUCAGGAGGCAGGUUAGUCAGUGUUAUACAGAGAAGCAAACAGGCUCAGAGAGGUGCCUCAUUCUGCCCCAGGUCACACAGCAAGUUACUGGCAGAGACGGGAUGUGAACCUGGGCUUGAGAGACUUCAAAGCCCCUACCCCAGGUUUUUGAGGAGAGGGCUGUGGGGUUCCCGAGGAACUUCCUCCAUGUCCUGGUGUCUGUCUCUCCCUGCCGCCAAGGCCCAGGAGGUGUGAAGGGCUCCCUUCUCCCAGACACAGAUGCCGAGGAUCGCCGUCCUGUGACCCACCCCCAACCCCUGUGCCCUCCGAACCACUGCUCACCAUGGCUACUUCCAAGUUGCCAGUGGUGCCUGGGGAGGACACCAUCCUCACGGCCAAGGAAGAGCUGGAGGCCCUGCGCACUGCCUUCGAGUGGGGCGACAUCCCCCAGGCCGCCUCUCACCUCCGGAAGCUGCUGACCUCUUCCGAGAGCAUCCGCCUGGAGGCGGGCAUCACAGGCGAGUCGGGCGCUGGCAAGUCGUCCCUCAUCAAUGCCCUUCGUGGCCCGGGGGCCGGACCCGGCGUGGCUCUCACCGGUGUCGCUGAGACCACAACGCACCCCUCGUCCUACCCACACCCACAGUUACCUGAUGUGACGUGGGACCUGCCGGGGGCCGGCUCUCCGGGCUGCCCAGCUGACAAGUACCUGAAGCAGCUGGACUUCGGCCGCUAUGACUUCUUCCUGCUGGUCUCGCCCCGCCGCUGUGGGGCCGUGGAGACCCGCUUGGCAUCCGAGAUCCUGCGCCAGGGCAAGAAGUUCUACUUUGUGUGCACCAAGGUGGAUGAGGACCUGGCAGCCACACACACCCAGCGGCCCUCGGGCUUCAGCGAGGCCGCAGUCCUGCAGGAUCGAGACCACUGUGCUGAGCGGCUGCGGGCGGCUGCUGUGACUGACCCCCGCAUCUUCCCCGUGUCCAACCUCUCACCGGCCUGCUAUGACUUUCCACUGCUUGUGUCCACCUGGGAGCACGACUUGCCCGCCCAUCGGCGCCUCGCUGGCCUGCGGUCACAGCCCGGUAUCUCGCUGGAGGCCCUGCAGAAGGAGGACAUGCUCCAGGACCAGGUGCUCAGGACGGCCCUGACGUUGGGUGUCAUCCAGGCCCCGCCCGUGCCAGGGCGAGCCGCCUACGAUGACGCCCUGCUCCUCCGCUCGCUGCGUGGCUAACACCGCAGCUUUGGCUUGGACGACAACUUGCUGGCCAAGCUGGGCGAGCAGGGGGGCAAACAGGCGGGGGACCUGCGCUCGGUCAUCCGCUCCCCGCUGGCUACCGAGGUCUCGCCUGAAACCGUCCUGCGGCUCUACUCACCGUCAUCCGAUGGCGCCGUGCGGGGGGCCCGUGCCUUUGGGAAGGGCAUCCCUGUGUUCGGUACACUGGUGGCCGGUGGCAUCAGCUUUGGCACGGUUGGUGAUGAUGGCGUGGAGACGCGGGAGUGCGCGGAGGGCGCUGGCGAGGAAGCCCCACUCUGGGCGCUCCCGAAGCUCGGUCUCUUUCUCAGGUACAUUCUCGACAGCUGGAGGAAGCUGGAAGAGAAGUGAAAUUGCAGCCCCCCCAUCCCCACCUCACCCACAAACUGAGCCUUAACAAAACCAAACCACCAACCAAAAUCGGCCAAUGUGGUGAAAAUGAGAGCUGCCAUUGCUGGUGGGGGUGAGGGGCGGGGGCAGGGGGUCUGACGGAGCAACGCGUUUGCCAUCGGGGCAGGGCAGGGGCGGGGUGUGGAGGGGCCUCAGGGAGGCUGGUGGGCCCAUGUGGAAGAGAAAAACACUGAACUGGGGUGGGAACUGAUCUUGCAGAGGCGGUUCAAGACGCGGAUGGUGGGCCAAGGGCUCCUCGGUGGGAUCUCUGUCUCUGGUGCCCAAGGGGCCAAGGGGGGUGUGUGGGGAAGCAGAACAGCCCAGCCUGGGCCCAAGACAGGAGGCCGUCUGUCAGCUCCCAAGGGUGGUGAGUGGGGACUGGGGAUGCUAAGGUACUUAUUUUAGUUGCAAUCUCAUGCCCUUUUCUGAGAACCCCAGUGUCCCAAAGGCCUCCUCUGGAGGUGGGAGGGGCAGCCAAUCGGCGCCCCAGAUCAGCACAAAGGUGCCUGGCUACCGUGUUAAACAGGGCAGGUGACACGGGGCCUCCUGAGCCAGCCCUGCUGCCGGUGCAUGAUGGUAGGUGUGGGUGGCAGGGAGAGGGGAGGCCAGGUGGCCCUGGGCUGGCCUCCACGCUGAGCCUGGGGAGGCAGAACCUGAGCAGGGUGGUGAGAGGGCGGGUGGGCUGUCUCUCUGAGCAUCGAAGGAGACAGGAGGCAGAGGACACAACGCGCCACCCAGACAGAGUCCUUUCUGAAAGGCUGUGUCUAAGUGUGAGUGUGUGUGGCCAUAAGCUUUCUAGUGUGCCUGUGACUGGAAGGAAUCUUGACUAGUCUGUGAUUUUGAUGUUGUGGGUCUAAGGUGGAGAGUAGUUUGCACAUGGGGGUUGCUAGCUGUUUCUGCACAGUCAUGUGUGUGUGCACACGUGCAUGAAUACUGGGAUGUGCUCAAAGGCUGUGGGUCUGAGCGGGGGUGACUGUGUUGGGUUUCUGAAAGCUGCGUGUGGCUGUGAGUGACAGAGGGUGUGUGCAUACAGGUAUGUGUGUUUGGCCCGGGUGUCCCUGGAAAACCAAGUGCCUCAGCACUGCCUGUAGCUCUGGGCUCAGCUCUUCUGCGGGAAUGCAAACGUGAAUGUGACAUCCUCAAGUCUAAACUCACACACUAAGUCAAGGGUCACAUGUUUUAACUAAAGAACUACCAGAUGGGGGCUUUGGACAGAACGGGUUGCCCCAGUGGCUUCUGUGGGCUUGGACAAGGGACAGGGAAGGACUGGAUUUAAGUGCAAAGAAAGGUGAGUUUCCAGGAAUUCAAAAGGCGGCGCUGGAGGCCAUGUGCAAGGCCCGUGGCAGAGUGAGGACUCGGGCCGGGUUAGUGGCUCGCCCAGGUGUGCAAAUAGCCACUGUGGAUUCUCCAGGAUCUGGUGACAGUUUGGGCCUCCAGUUACUCCUGACCCUGGGAACCAGUUCCAGACUAAGAGGGCCCACCUCUACCUGGAGAAGUAAAGGGGCACUAAGUCUCUGCUGAAGGGCUCUUGCUUUGCAAAACAAUUCCUCUCUUCCUGGAAGGCAUCCCCAUAGGCUCUGCCAGGACUACUUUGGGGUUCACACUGAUCUUCCUGCACCAAAGAAGGUGCAGGGAAUCGUGGUAGGGAAGUCCCAGGCCCCCAGACGCACAAGACAGAGGGUCCUUUCCAAGUCCGUUGUCAAACACAGCCCACAUCCCUGCACCUGCAGAGCUUCAGCCGUCAUCCUAAACACAGGACUCGCUGGCCCCAGUGGCUGGGGUGGAAAGGUCACACACGAAUAGCACAUUCUCACUAGGUCUAAGGUUAGACAAAAUGGGUUACUUCUGUCUUCUCCAACUGGUAGCCUUGUUGUGUCCCUUGUGCCUCCAUCUCUGCCUUCCCUGUCCCCCAUCUCGACCCCCCCUAGCCUGUUCCAGCUCAGGCCUUGC